CUCAAAUCUGUGUUUCAAAUAAUUGUUUCUUACCUUCCCCAAAAACUCUCCCUAGCUAAAGCUAAAACCCUUCUCCCACAGAAAACCCGAAAAAUAGCAGAGUCGAGACCACAGCAGCGGCAAGAAAAAGCUUUCGUGUGCGACGGCUGAUCAGAUUCCGACGAUGAGCGGAGCCUGGAAAGGGACAGUCGGGGCGGUGGAUACCAUCUAUGAAGAGGAAGACCACGAUGUUAACGACGACAAAUGCUCCUCUCUCCCUUCUUCCACUUCUUCUCCGAAUUCAAAACUGGCUUCUCCGUCCCAUCCUCGGCGUGAUCUCAACCUUCACUCCAGAGUCCAGUCCUGGUCGAUGACCACGGGAGAGAAAGCGGACGUCUCAAUAUAUGUACAAGGAACUUGUUUCAAUCUCCAUAAGGGUCCCCUGACUUCGAGGAGCAGCUACUUCCGCCGCCAAUUGAAGGAGCUCUCUCGAGUGACGCUCCCGUUAAACAUAACGGCCGAGACCUUCACCCUCGUCGCGGAAUUCUGUUACGGCGCCCAUCUCGCCAUCACGCCGUUCAACCUCGCCUCGCUCCGAACCGCCGCCGAGCUCCUCGGCAUGACGGCCGUCGACUGCCGAUUCCACCACAACCUCGCCGAGCUCACCGAAUCCUACUUCGAUCGCGUCGUCGCCGCCAAUCGCCCGCUCGCCCUCAUCGUCCUCAAGGCCUCCAUCCGCCUCCUCCCGGAAUCGGAAACAGCCGCCGGCCUCGUCACCCGAUGCGUCGAAUCCCUAGAUCUGGACAGCGGCGGCGACAUGAACGACCUGGCCGACGACAUUUUGCAGCUCCGGGCGGCCGAAUUCCUGAUCGUCGCCGAGUCGAUCCAGUGCCAGAUCCACUGCCACGACGAGCUCUACCUGCUGGUGGAUCUGUACAUCCGGAACCGCGGCCGCGAGAUGAGCGAGGAAGAGAAGACCGAGAUCUGCAAUUGCGUCGACUGCGACAAGCUCUCGCCGCAGCUCCUCGUCCACGCCGUCCAGAACCACCGGCUCCCCCUGCGGUUCAUCGUCCGGGCGAUGCUGAUCGAGCAAUUGAACACCCGGCGCGCGAUUUUCGCCACCAAGACAGGGGAGGAGAAAUCGGACAGAGCGCCGAGUACCGGCGGCGGCGGCGGCGUGACGCUGGGGACCCUCCUCCGGCAGGGCGCGGCGGCUCGAGAGGCGGGGAAGAUUAAGGAGGAGAUGGAGUCCACGAGUUUCAGGAUACGAGGGCUGGAGAAGGAGAUAGAGGGGAUGAAGAAGCUGCUGAUGAAAUCGGAGGAGGACAAGACGGUUCUGGAGAAGCAAUUGAUGCUGGAGAGAUGGGCCAUGGGGGCAGGGGAGGAGAUCGGGAGCGCGGUGGUUAGGGAUGGGGAUUGUCGGUCGGCGAGCUUCCAUUACGGCGGGAAGGAGAGGAAUCGGGUGCAGAGAGGGGAGAGAGGGUCGAGCUCUUUUGCUGCGGGUUCUCGGGGCCGGGUGGAGAGAGAAGGGAAGAAGAAGAAGGGCAGUGGGAAGGGAAUGGGGAUUAUAGAGAAGCUGAAGAGCAAAUUUCAGGGGUUUCAGUUGAUUGGGUCGGAGUGCCGGCCGCAGGGAAGGUUUUCUGGCGGCGAGAAAGGUAACGGAGAUGGGAAAGGCGAGGUGGAUGGACAGACGAUUAAGGUUGCUAAUUCUCACAAGAGGACCCAAUCUCUGGCGUAGGUUGAUGGAUCGAUCGUUAAGAGAUUAAUGAUUUAGUUUUACAUUAAGAGUAGCUUAAAUUUGUUUAGUUUUGGAUUAAAAGACAGGUGAAGUCGCCGGCCGUCUAAGUUUGAAAUACAUGCAGGAUCGGUUUCCACUUAUUUUCUUAGAUUUUUUUUUAAGGGUGAGACAUAAGGCUCAAGUUAGG